AUGAAGCUCAACAUCUCCUUCCCGGCGAACGGGACCCAGAAACUGGUCGAAAUCGACGAUGAGCGGAAGCUGCGCGUCUUCAUGGACCGCCGCAUGGGCGCAGAGGUCCCUGGCGACAGCGUUGGCGACGAAUUCAAGGGCUACAUCUUCAAGAUCACCGGCGGCAACGACAAGCAGGGCUUCCCGAUGAAGCAGGGUGUGAUGCACCCAACUCGAGUCUCGCUCCUCCUCGGUGCUGGCCACUCGUGCUACCGUCCCCGCCGCACCGGCGAGCGCAAGCGCAAGAGCGUCCGCGGAUGCAUCGUCGGCAUGGAUCUCGCUGUCCUCGCGCUCAGCAUCGUCAAGCAGGGCGACGCGGAGCUCCCCGGCAUCACCGACACGGUGCACCCGAAGCGAUUGGGCCCCAAGCGCGCCACCAAGAUCCGCAAGUUCUUCGGUCUCAGCAAGGACGAUGAUGUUCGCAAGUUCGUCAUCCGACGUGAGGUCCAGCCCAAGGGCGAGGGCAAGAAGCCAUACACCAAGGCGCCCAAGAUCCAGCGUCUCGUCACUCCCCAGCGUCUGCAGCACAAGCGUCACAGGAUCGCACUCAAGCGCCGCAAUGCUGAGGCUUCUAAAGAUGCUGCUAAUGAGUACGCUCAAAUUCUCCACAAGCGCAUCACCGAGGCCAAGUCCGCGCACGAUGAGGCGAGGAAGAGGAGAGCGUCGUCGAUGAGGCAUUAG